AUGGCGCCCUCUAAAACCAUAUUUCACUUCACUGCUGGCCUCUGCUCAGGCCUGACGUCUUCCAUCCUCCUACAACCCGCCGAUCUACUGAAGACCAGAGUCCAACAAUCUCAACAAUCCCUCCUGCCAACUCUGAAAACAAUUCUCUCCUCUGAAAAUCCGAUCCGUGGACUAUGGCGUGGCACCCUCCCAUCUGCUCUCCGUACAGGUUUCGGCUCAGCUCUCUACUUCACCAGCCUGAAUUCUCUCCGCCAGACAAUCGCCCAAGCCAACGCUCCUCUCGUCCUCACGAACCAACCUCAAUCCUCCUCCGCUCUCCCUAAACUCUCCAACACCGCCAACCUUGCCACUGGUGCCGUUGCUCGUGUAGCUGCCGGCUUCGUCAUGAUGCCCGUAACCGUGCUCAAAGUGCGCUACGAAUCAGACUACUACGCCUACCGUAGUCUGGUCGGCGCAGGCCGAGACAUCGUUCGUACAGAGGGUGUGCGCGGGUUGUUUGCCGGGUUUGGCGCAACGGCCGCUCGUGAUGCCCCGUACGCCGGUCUUUACGUGCUCAUUUACGAACAGUUGAAGCGACGAUUUGCAUCCAUGACAACUAGCCCCAACGAUACGAUACCACAGUCCGCCGUCUCUUCCUCAUCCAUUCACUUCGUGUCUGGAGCUAUGGCAGCUGGUCUGGCUACUGCUAUUACGAAUCCUUUCGAUGCAGUGAAAACUCGGUUGCAGCUCAUGCCGGCUAAAUAUGGAAAUAUGCUUCGUGCUGUACGUUUGAUGAUUCAUGAGGAUGGAAUGCGCAGUUUAUUCGGCGGACUGGGUCUCCGUAUGACGCGCAAGGCGAUAAGCUCUGCGCUCGCUUGGACUGUGUAUGAGGAGCUCAUUCUCAGGGCUGAGAAGCGGUGGGCCGCGAAUCCCCAAGUGACCAUGAGUACUUAA